ACUGGGCUACAAGACACCAUUAGCGGCGGUUCCGAAGCGCUGCGAAGAUACAGGCAGGAUGGCGACGUUGGGAAGGUUCGAUCAGUUCAUCGAGGACGGUGACGAAGAUUUUCAGUCCUACGUGGAGCGGUUCGACCACUUCCUGAAGGCCUCCCAGGUGAGCGACGACCUGAAGGUGUCAGUGUUCAUAACGGCAAUAGGAAAGAAGGCCUAUAAAACUCUGAAAACGUUGCUGGAGCCAGAAAAAAAGACGUACGCACAGUUAGUACAGACACUGAAAGAGCAGUACGUUCCCAAAACUUCCGUGAUUGCCGAGCGUUUCAAAUUCAAUCGUUGUUUCCAACAAGAUGGUCAAGCGGUGACAGCCUUCGCUGUAGAGCUGAAGCGGUUGGCGACAUCCUGUGAUUUCGGAACGUUUCUGGACGACGCUCUGCGCGACCGGUUUGUGGCAGGACUUUGUGACAAAGAAACACAAGCAGAGCUGCUAAAGACAAGCAAGCUGGCUUUUAAAGAGGCCUGCGAUAUCGCUAGGAGUAUCGAGUUGGCCCGGAAAGAAAGCCAGGAUUUUCAGCCCAAGUCGGCGCAAGGAAUGAUCAGCGCCCUUAACCGCAAAACAGAUAGCGGGAAACGCCCACCACGCUGGAGAGAAGAAACUUCGGGGAUGCCUGCUGGCACCAGGGGGGCGGAACCACUGCACUGUUUCCGAUGCAGCUCAGAGCAUGAAGCAUCUAUCUGCAAAUUUCGCAAGUACCGUUGUCGGGUGUGUAAACGGGUUGGACACUUAGCGAAGAUGUGUAGGAACAGAGGUAGAGACGCUGCGAACGUGAUAGACGAGGAAAGUGACGCGGGUGAACAUGUGCUGUACAAUAUCUAUUCCUGUGAGGGGCGCACCAGACUCUACGAAAUUUGCCUGAAGCUAGAUCAGAAAAGUGUGCGCAUGCAGAUUGACGCAGGGGCGUCUGUGUCAAUUGUACCAGAGUCACUGUGCAAGAAAUACUGGCCCAGCCUACCUUUAGAGCCAUGCAGUCUUAAGCUAAAAACCUACGGAGGCACUCCGCUGACGAAAGAGGCAUUCGACUGA